UUGGAUCACAUUUAUGCAGCAGAGUGUUCCGAUGGUAGCACUGUGUUUCAGGUUGGAGACAUGAGCGAGGUUACAAUAAAUUUUGGAAUGGAGGAACCCAAUGACACAGAUAUCUCGACUGAGGUAGCUGAUACAGUUAUGAACAUAGACAUAGGUGUGCCCAGCGAAGAUGAUGGUGAUAAUGAGAGCAAUACUAGUGUGGCCAUAGAUGUAACUGAUUGCGGGAUGGAAUGUAAUGAAGUAUUGUUGGAAGAUAAUCGAGAUUUUGAAUUGUCUGAUAUUGAAGAAUUACAAAUUGAAGUGAUUGAUUGUUCUAGCUCCGGAUUCGAUUUUGGUCAAGAAAAAAGUGUGCAUGCUCUGGAAGGUUGUAUGGAGAAUGAAAGGCAUGAGAUUUCAAGUCCAGUUAGUGUUUCCCAGCUUGGUGCUUUAAAUGUGAUUGAAACCAUGACCGUGUCCAAUCCAAUAGAGGCUGAACCAAUUCCUGAUGAGGAAACUAGUCAUGACACAUUGGAAGAACUCAUUGACACAAACAAAAGUGAAAGCACAAUGAAGGUCCAUGAUGGUGUCCCUAAUGUUGAAUUGGAAGCACAAAGCAGUGAUUUAGACGGAUCAGAACACAGAGCGGUAGAUUUGGAAUCAGAAACUGCUGUAAAGAGGGAGGAAAUCUCAACAGCAGGAUAUAUCUUAUCCUCUGGUGUUUAUUUACUACCACAUCCUUCUAAGGCAUCUACAGGUGGGGAUGAUGCUUAUUUUAUUGUUGGCCGGAACUGGUUAGGCGUGGCUGAUGGAGUCAGUGCGUGGUCAGAAAAAGGGAUUAAUCCAGGAAUUUAUUCUCGAGAACUGAUGGAGAACUGUCGAAAGAUUGUCUCAGAAUGCGAUAGUAUGCCUCUUAUCAAUCCUGAGGAGGUUAUCAGUGAAGGUGCUCUGGAAGCAGAGUCUCCUGGAUCAUCAACAAUUUUGGUUGCUUACUUUGAUGGUCAGGUUCUUCAUGUGGCCAAUAUUGGAGAUUCGGGAUUUAUUGUAAUAAGAAAUGGGGUUGUUUAUAAGAAGUCUACACCAAGGUCUUUUGAGUUCAACUGUCCAUUUCAGAUUGCAAGUGGAGUUGAUCCCUCUGAAUAUGUGGACACAUACAUAAUUGAUUUGGAUGAGGGUGAUGUGAUCGUGACUUCAACAGAUGGCCUUUUUGACAAUCUAUACGACCCAGAAAUAGUUUCAAUUGUAUCCAAGUCAAUGCAAUCCAAUUUUAAACCUGAGGAAAUAGCGGAAGCCCUAGCCAGGAGAGCACAUGAGAUAGGGAAUUCAACAACUUGUAUGACUCCAUUUGCAGAUGCAGGAGGAAAUCUCAACAGCAGGAUAUACCUUAUCCUCUGGUGUUUAUUUACUACCACAUCCUUCUAAGGCAUCGACAGGUGGGGAUGAUGCUUAUUUUAUUGUUGGCCAGAACUGGUUAGGCGUGGCUGAUGGAGUCAGUUCGUGGUCAGAAGAAGGUAAUUGCUGUGGACAGAGGAUUGAUCCAGGAAUUUAUUCUCGAGAACUGAUGGAGAACUGUCGAAAGAUUGUCUCAAAAUGCAAUAGUAUUCCACUUACCAAUCCUGAGGAGGUUAUCAGUAAAAGUAAUCUGGAAGCAAAGUCUCCUGGGUCAUCAACAAUUUUGGUUGCCUACUUUGAUGGUCAGGUUCUUCAUGUGGCCAAUAUUGGAGAUUCGGGAUUUAUUGUAAUAAGAAAUGGUGUUGUUUAUAAAAAGUCUACACCGAGGUCUUUUGAGUUCAACUGUCCAUUUCAGAUUGAAAGCGGAGAUGAUCCCUCCAAAUUGGUGGAGAUGUACGAAAUUGAUUUGGACGAGGGUGAUGUGAUCGUGACUUCAACAGAUGGCCUUUUUGACAAUCUGUACGACCCAGAAAUAGUUUCAAUUGUAUCCAAGUCAAUGCAAUCCAAUUUUAAACUUGAGGAAAUAGCGGAAGCCCUAGCCAGGAGAGCACAUGAGAUAGGGAAUUCAACAACUUGUAUGACUCCAUUUGCAGAUGCAGUGGCAGCACUUGGGAUCGAGGGAUUUACCGGUGGCAAGCUUGAUGACGUGGUUGUUAUUGUCUCUUUGGUUCAAAAAAUAUCAAGCCCUCACAUGGAGGAGGAAAUCUCAACAGCAGGAUAUACCUUAUCCUCUGGUGUUUAUUUACUACCACAUCCUUCUAAGGCAUCGACAGGUGGGGAGGAUGCUUAUUUUAUUGUUGGCCAGAACUGGUUAGGCGUGGCUGAUGGAGUCGGUUCGUGGUCAGAAGAAGGGAUUGAUCCAGGAAUUUAUUCUCAAGAACUGAUGGAGAACUGUCGAAAGAUUGUCUCAGAAUGCAAUAGUGUUCCUCAUCCUGAGGAGGUUAUCAGUGAAAGUGCUCUGGAAGCAGAGUCUCCUGGAUCAUCAACAAUUUUGGUUGCUUACUUUGAUGGUCAGGUUCUUCAUGUGGCCAAUAUUGGAGAUUCAGGAUUUAUUGUAAUAAGAAAUGGUGUUGUUUAUAAAAGGUCUACACCAAGGUCGUUUAAGUUCAACUGUCCAUUUCAGAUUGCAAGUGGAGUUGAUCCCUCCGAAUAUGUGGAGAUAUACAAAAUUGAUUUGGACGAGGGUGAUGUGAUCGUGACUUCAACAGAUGGCCUUUUUGACAAUCUGUACAACCCAGAAAUAGUUUCAAUUGUAUCCAAGUCAAUGCAAUCCAAUUUUAAACUUGAGGAAAUAGCGGAAGCCCUAGCCAGGAGAGCACAUGAGAUAGGGAAUUCAAGAACUUGUAUGACUCCAUUUGUAGAUGCAUAUGCAGCACGUAGGAUCAAGAAGGGAUUUACUGGUGGCAAGCUUGAUGACGUGGUUGUUAUCGUCUCUUUGGUUCAAAAAAUAUCAAGCCCUCACAUGGACAAGCUAUCACCAAGAAUUAUUCCUUCUAGUCUUUUUCAAUCAUUGAUCAUAUUUGAAGUCCUCUACAAUCUCAACGCCUUUCGACCAAAUCUUUGAGUUGGCUUUGCUAUUCACUGAUAGAGGUAAGUUUUCCGGUGCUGAGGUAUUCUCUCUCUCUCUCUCUCUCUCUCAUUGAUUUUGACCUGCACAUUCAUAUUUAUGCCUCAGAUUGAGGUGAUAGAUAACCUUUGGGUUUAUUUUGAUGGUUUCUCUCUGAAGGGUAAUGCUUUGCUUUUAUGUGUUCAUAUAGUUUUGAAAUUAGACAUUUACUAGUGGUAUUUUAUGCUUUGUUUGAUGGAAGAUAAUAAAAGAAUGGAAGAGAAAACUUUAAAAGUAAAUUCCUUUUUCUUGUUUGGGUGGCUUAGAAGGAGAGAAAAAGUGAAAGGAGGUAAUAAGAUAAAUGAAUUAUGAAUUGUGUUCAUAGCACAAUUAUGAAAUUUAUUAGCUUAUUUGUUCUUUAAAAAAAAAAACCUUGUUUAGUUUGGAGUUUUAAAAACAGUUUUCUGACUUGUGUUCUUAAUGAUUUU